AUGGCAAAAAAAGUUGUGGAAUUUCGACUGAAUGAGCUCUUCCAAGUCCUCAACGAGGAGUUCCAAUUGAAGAGAGGAGCUGAACAAGACAUUGUGAGCAUCAAACGCCAAGUAAAAUCCAUAAGGGCCUUCUUAGGCAGCAUCGAUGAUAACAAAUUAGAGUACGAAGACCAAAGUCUCGAGUCAUGGAUUAACAGAGUGAGAGAUGUUGCUUAUGAAAUUGAAGAUAUCGUUGACGAGUUCUUGCUCUACAUUUUCGAACAUCGUUGGGAUGAAGAUCGCCCACACACCUCACCGUCGUGUUCCUUCGUCAGAAACUGCAAAACCAACUACAAAAUCGGCUCUGAAUUGCGAAACAUCAGAGCCAAAAUCAAGGGAAUACCCGACAAGCCAAGGAAGUACGAUGUUGUUUCAAGCGUGGUACCAGAAAGCAGCAAAAUGACUCAUCAGUUUCAGAGCAGUUUGUAUAACGUAGUGGACGAAGGCCAACUGGUUGGCGUUGGUCGGAUGGAGGCCAAAGAGACUCUGCUUGGUUGUCUCUUAGAGGGUGAUGACUCUGCCAUGAAUAAAGUAGUGGCAAUUGUUGCAGAAGGAGGGAUGGGGAAAACCACCAUGGCACGUCAAAUCCAUCAUAAUGGUUAUAUCAGAGAGUGCUUCAAGAAGAUAGUGUUUGUGACGCUUUCUCAAUCGUUAAACGAAGAGGAGCUUCUAACCGACAUGGUUCAGCAGCUCUGCAAUUUUGGUUCUCAGGAAAUCCUAUCUCACACGAUGAGCACCCAUGAACUGAAAGAAACCUUGAAGGGUUUGAUUCAAUCUGCAAGAUAUUUGAUUGUACUUGAUGACGUGUGGAAAAAAGAGCAUUGGGAUUGCGUGAAACUCGCAUUUCCCAAUGAACACUGUGCCAGCAGAAUCUUAAUCACCACUCGUAACGAAGAGGUGGCAAGAUACGCGACAACCUGCGACGACUCCCAAGGUACCAUGUUUCACCUGCAACGUUUAUCUGAAAGUGAUUCGUGGGGACUAUUCUGUAAGAAAACAUUCUCUUCCCAGCCUUGCCCUCCUCAUUUAGAACCCAUCUGCAGACAAAUGGUAGACAAAUGUGAAGGGCUUCCUCUUGCCAUCUCAGUGCUCAGUGGCCUAUUGGGUACUAAAAAUAAGAACAGGGUUGAAGAAUGGGUGAUGGUUCAACGUAUUCUUGAUAACGUUGAACUAAAAGGAAACAUUAAUCCUCGUUUGAACAAAGUACUUUCGUUGGCCUUUGACGAUUUACCUUAUAAUCUCAAGCCAUGUUUCUUGCUCUUAAGCGUGUUCCCUGAGAACCACUUGAUCGAGCCCAUGAGACUAGUUCGAUUAUGGGUCUCAGAUGGAAAUAAUAAGAUGACAGAGGAAGUAGCAGAAAGCUAUUUGUGCGAACUUCUCAAUAGAAAUUUGAUACAAAUAGCCAAGUACACACUUGAUGGAAGGAUCAUGUGUUUUCGCAUCCAUGACCUGAUACACGAAACUGUUGUCCUCAAAUCAAGAGCAAUAAGUUUCGCUGAACCAAUCACAAAUGAGGAAAAUGCAAGAAGUUGGCCUGAAAGAGCAAGAAGAUUAUCUAUAUACGAGGGAAGUGCAUAUGUCCCUGAAAUUAAGAACACCUCGUUGUCUCGACUUCGUUCUUUGUUUCUAUUUCAGACACAUUCCUUGAUAAGGUCAAACUUACGAGAUGGUAACUUCAAGCUGAUGAAUGUGUUGGAAUUGAACGGGACCCCACUGGAAACAUUUCCCGAAGCUAUCACCAAACUGUUCCUCUUGAGGUAUUUGAGCUUGAGAAAUACAAGAAUCUCCAGUCUUCCUGCAUCAAUUGGGAAUCUGCAUCAUCUGGAGACAUUGGAUCUCAAGCUGACACGCGUCACUGAGCUACCUUCGGAGAUAUAUAAGCUCUACAAACUCCACCAUCUUUUGAUAUCUCAAUACAAGGAUCACGAAACAGGGUCUCGUAUCCCUCUAGAAACAGCAAGUUGUGGCAUAAAGUGGAAAAACUACCACAACAACUUAACCCAUGUCACGAAAUUGGACAUAUUUCGUGUACAAGGUUUCAUAGCAACGUCUGCAAUAGGUUGUCUGGUUUCAUUACAGAAGCUAGGCAUAGUUGAAGUACCAAACGAAGAACAAAGUGACUUCUUUGAGAAAGGCUUGGGGAUGUUGACCCAACUGAGAAGACUGUGUUUGGUUAAUCUGCAAAACCAUCAAUGGAGUGCUCUGUGCUCAUCCAUCUCAAAAAUGAGCUAUCUACGUUCGCUGUCUCUUAAUACAAGUGGGAAAUUUGACUUGCAAGAUGUGAAGUCUCCACCUGCACUUCUUGAAAGGCUGUGUUUGGUUGGUGAACUAGAUAAGUUACCAAGUUGGUUGUGUUCUCUGAAGAACUUGAAGGUGCUGAAGCUAGUGGGCUCUCGACUUAAGGAGGAUCCUAUUCUGUGUCUUGAGAAGUUGCAGAGCUUGGAGGUGAUUGGACUUUAUGACGCUUUGGAUGAUGGCGUGACGAUGCGCAUGUCGUCUGCUUUCUAUGAUAGAAUACAGUGGUUUAUCAUGGGAGAACGUAAGCUACAACUUUAUUAAGGAUUGGUUGAAGACAUGUCCAUUUAUGCCAAUUCAAGAGAUAUAUUCAUUAAGGGACUUCUCGGCUUCCACCAUUAGACCAACUACUUAAUUUGUAUUUAUACUAUGUUGUUGCUACAAUUAUGAAUGUAUCAUAAUUACAUUUUAUUCUUGUGUUAAAAUUAAUCUUUCAUGCA